GUUGUUGGGGCCAGCAAACCGGUGGAAAAUGGCGGCCAGCAGGAGAGUCGCCGCUCACUCAGGGGGAGGCAGGGGACGAUAAAUCGGAAUCGAUUCAUCGGCUGUUCCCGAUUCACCAGAUCCAGUAAGAGUAGAAACUGGGACCAGGCAAGGCCACGCCAUCACACCAACAUUCUCCUUCACUAUUGCAACACUCCACUCCAUCUCUGUAAAGCUUUCACCAGAGUUGAGCAAACCUAUAGGAUGAGCAGAAAAUUGGCCAUGGAAGCAUCUUCUCCCAGAUUUACAUCUAGAAUGAACAUAAGGGAUUCUGAGAUAUCCAACAAUGGAGAUGUCAUCAAAGAAGAUGUGUUUUCCUGUUUUGGUGCCAUGGAAUUGAUUUAAAGGCAGAUUUGUAAAAGACUAUUUUGAUAUCUGGAUCAAUAACUAUCUUAGUGCUAUUUCAAAAUGAUAGGCAAAUUGAAACAGAACUUAUUAUUAGCAUGUUUAGUGAUCAGCUCACUAACUGUAUUUUAUCUUGGUCGUUAUGCAAUAGAAUGCCACCAUAGAGUAGAAGAGCACACUCAGCAGCAUCCUAAUGUUCUAGAUAGUGGCAGAUCACUAAGUUACAUUUCAAAGUCUGGAUUCAAAAAUAGUUCAGGUAGACUUGUUUACAACAAAGACAUGCCAUUAAUAUUUAUUGGAGGAGUACCAAGAAGUGGCACCACACUCAUGAGAGCAAUGCUUGAUGCCCAUCCUGAAAUUCGCUGUGGGGAGGAAACUCGAGUUAUUCCGAGAAUCCUUGCAAUGAAACAAAUGUGGAGCAGAUCUGGCCGAGAGAAACAGCGCUUGGAUGAAGCUGGUGUUACUGAUGAGGUGCUGGACUCGGCCAUGCAAGCCUUUUUAUUAGAAAUUAUUGUUAAACAUGGGGAACCUGCUACGUACUUAUGCAAUAAAGAUCCGUUUGCUCUCAAAUCAUUGACUUACUUGAGCAAAAUUUUUCCCAAUGCCAAAUUCAUUCUAAUGAUACGGGAUGGACGUGCUUCAGUACAUUCCAUGAUUACUCGGAAAGUUACCAUAGCAGGAUUUGAUCUCAGCAGUUACAGAGACUGUCUGACCAAAUGGAACCGUGCCAUUGAGACCAUGUAUAACCAAUGUUUGGAAACUGGGUUUAAUAAAUGUUUACCAGUACACUACGAACAACUUGUUUUGCAUCCCGAAACUUGGAUGAAGAAUGUUCUGAAGUUCUUAGAUGUUCCUUGGAAUACAGCAGUAUUGCAUCAUGAAGAAAUGAUAGGGAAAGCAGGAGGUGUUUCUCUUUCUAAGGUUGAGCGAUCUACUGAUCAAGUCAUCAAACCAGUCAAUGUUGAAGCCUUGUCAAAAUGGGUGGGAAAAAUUCCGCACGAGGUAGUUCGUGAAAUGCCAGUGAUUGCACCUAUGUUAGCAAAGCUUGGAUAUGAUCCAUAUGCAAAUCCACCCAAUUAUGGAAAACCAGAUCCAGCAGUUAUUGAAAACACUAAAAGGGUAAUCAAAGGUGACUUUCAACUACCUGCAAUUCUGAAAGAUCAGCCACAGUUCCCAGAGGUUGUUCCACUGAAUGUAGGAGGCAUGUAUUUUACGACAAGACUAUCCACCUUGAGGCGUUAUGAAGACACUAUGCUAGCAGCAAUGUUCAGUGGCCGCCAUCGUAUUCCUACAGAUUCAGAGGGACGUUUCUUUAUUGACAGAGACGGGACCUACUUUGGAGACAUUCUAAAUUUUUUACGGAAUGAUGAUCUUCCACCUCGUGAGAGAGUGAGAACAGUUUACAAAGAAGCGCAAUAUUAUUCUAUUGGGCCACUUCUUGAGUGUCUGGAUGAACUACAGCCUCUGGCUAGUGAAAAAGUCAGAAAAGCAUUUUUGGACUUGCUGCCUUAUUACAAAGAGAAUCUGGAAAGGAUAAUUGAUAUUGCAAAACAAAGAGCAAUUCAACGAAAGGCAAGAUUUGCAAAGUUGAAGAUUUGUGUUUACAAAGAGGAGAUGCCAGUCACACCAUAUGAACAUCCUCUGUACAACUCACUACGUUUUGAUAGAAGUGAGAAUGAGACAAAACUCUUUGAACAUCACUGUGAAGUUGAUGUGUCAUUUGGCCCUUGGGAAGCGAUUGCUGAUGUAUAUGACCUUCUUCACUGUAUCGUGACAGACUUAGCAGACAGAGGAAUUACAGUAGAUCACCAAUGUAUAGGUGUGUGUGAUAAACAUCUUAUAAACUGUUACUACUGCAAACGCCCAAUUUAUGAAUUCAAGAUUACCUGGUGGUGAAUAACAUUUUUAAUAAUUUUUAGCUUCAUAUUUAUUUGAAAUCACAUUAUGAUAGGAAUAGUUUUGCAAUUUAGUUUAUUAGUAGCCUUGAGGCACAGUGGUACUGUCCCUACCUCUGGGCCAGAGGGUCUGGGUUCAAGUCUGACCUCGGAAUGUGUGUGUGGCCUUGGGGGUAUGUCAUAACAUGUCCAAACAGUCUGAUUAAAAUAAAUUAUUACUGAUACCAAGAAAACUUAGAUAUUUUUACCACCUGAGUGCCCACAGUGUCUUGUAGCAAGGCAAGAUUAGUUAGUUGCAUUUUAACUUGGAGUUUUAGCGUAACCUUUCUCAUGCUGGCAGGUCUGAUUGAUUAAUGCAACAUCGAACUUGUUGUCGUGAAUAAGACUGUAGUCAUACCCAAGAUGCAGCAGCAUUUAACAGUCACUUUCGGGCCAUUUAGUGCAUUUUUGUUUAUCUCUAUCAGAAAAGUCAAAUCUUUUGCUCGUAUUUCUCCAGGAAAUUAAUGUAUUGUUGUGUACAAUAAAAGUAAUAGCAGGCG